AUUGUUUUUAUUAUGCUUUUUCCAAAAGUAAAAUAUCACUGUUAACAAAUUUGCAUGUGCACAGCAGGCAUCCAUUUGAACAUUGACUAGUUGUCUAUAGCUAUGAAAAUAAAUCUUUUGUUUUCUUAGCAUUUCUGAAAAUGAAUGAAUUAGUGGAUGAGUUAUUGGUUAAUAUAUUUUCAUAUUUUAAUGCUGAUACGUUAUUAACAUGUUCUUGUGUUAAUAAAAAGUGGAAUCGCAUUUCAAGAACACAGAAAUUAUGGAGAUGUUGUGUGUUGCAUAAAUGGCCAUCACAGCAGUGGUUGUAUGGUAAAGCUGUCCUGCAUGAGCUGAAUUGGUACAAAGCUUACCAAGAUCUCUUGCAGUAUUCAUGGUAUUCUCCAGAUGAAAUGAAAUACUUUGUAUCUUGUAAUACAAUAGAAGACGAACUAAUUUCACCAUCACUACGAACUGCAAUGUUAUUAAAAAUAGAAUCUAUUUCAAAAAAGUGGCUACAAGUUUCUAUGUUAGACCAUGAUGGUAAUAUGGUGUCAAAAUAUUUUAACCAAAAUAUGGAAUUGUUUUUUAACACUCAACUACUUCAGUGGUUGUUUCUUGAUAAACGUAGAGGUUAUAUGGACGAUUUGUUUUCAUACAAAACUAGAAAUCGGAAGCAAAACAACCGUUCCUUUUACAUUCGGCCAUAUCAAGUUAUUCCAAGUUGCUUAGUUAUGUAUAGGUGGUUAAGUAUAUUUCGUGCAAUAGCAACUUCUGAGACAGGGCUGACAUUUUAUCGCAUAUGGCGUUUUCGUUUGAAGCAUUUAGAGACUGGUUUAAUAUUUGAGUUGUGUGAUUGGAAAGCAGCAAUGUCUUCAACCUUUUCGAAUGGUUGUCCUAGUGUGUCUUCGUUUCUUGCAGAUGCACUGGAGCUCCUUCAAGUCUUAACUCACCCUCAUUUCAUUAUGCAUCCACUCGGAUUAAAUCCAUCCAUUGAAAGAACAUUUUUAUAUACGAUACAUGCAUCUGCUGGCGGGGGUGUUAAUUUGGUAACUGCUCAUAAAAAAGUCUCUAGAAAACGAAGAAAAGGUUCAUUAAGUUCCAUGUCACCAAACUCACGCUCUGCUAUUGUGUUUAGUAAGCAACUCUAUGAGCAAAAUAAUUUUCCAGAUAUUGAAGAACGAAUAGAAAGCUGGAGAGAAAAACGGAGAAUGUCGCUCAUGACUUUCCCAUCAGGAACAAGUCUUUCGUCAUGUUCAGGAAAUGUAUCUCGAUCUUCCAGCUUUAAUAAUCUACUCAGUGAAAAUGACAGCACAACUGAUGAUUCACAAAGGGAAUAUACUGCCAGUGAUUGUGAGUCUGAACUUGAUUUUCAGGAAAAUGGAUAUGUUACAAACUGUGAGUAUUUCAUCUCAAAUUCUCACACCUAUGAUUCUGUUGAGGAACAGCAUUCAUUGCAGGCAUCAAUUGCGGAUAAUUGGAUGGUAAGCACAAAAUCAGUUGCACAGAGAAUACCUGUAUUUUAUGACGUAGACGAUAACAAUUGGUAUUUUCAAUCUGAACUUGCGAAACCAAGUCAAAAUUCACCUGGAGAAAAUGAGCAAGCCUUUAAAAUCAUGAAGUUUUCUGUGGAGGCACCAUUGAAUUCUAGAGUUCAAAGCUUACACCUUCAAGUGCCCACACAAAAAAAUGCACCUACCACUCCCAAUGUUAUUUUACCUUCAAUGUAUAACAGUUUUACCAAUAGUGUUGUUGAGGCAAUACCUAGUGCCCUGGCUCUUUAUAGAUUGAUAUGUUUAUUUGAGUUAAACUGUUCCAUGUACAAGUGUAUGAAUGAAGCCUGCAUUUGGCGUAUCAGCAUGUUGCAUAAGAGAACUGGUGGUAUCGUCCAUUUUACUGAUUACAAUGGUAACUUUCAAGUGUAUGUAUCGGUGGAAGAAAUGUAUCAAUUGAUAGGUGGCAGUGAAAAAGGAGAUGCAAAAACUGAAAAUGAUGUUAUGUUUAAUUUAUCUGAAUUUCGUGCAUGUGUUACACAAUUACUGGAUCUGUUAAUGAGUGAGAAUUUUUCACAUCCUUAUGGUACAGUGGCUGGUGCUGUGGCAUGAAGGGUUUGCUUUUUUAUUAUGUUUAUGUAAAGCAGUUUUGUGAUGUCUGUUUGUGAUUUAUAAUUCUAAACUUUUUGAUAUUUUUGAUAUUUAUAUAUAUUGCCUUAUUCUUAAUUAUAAGUUUUAUUGUUGGCAUCUCAUUCUGACAUGUAACGUGCAAGUACUGAUAGACAGUAUGUACACGCUGCUCUCAAUAAAUGUGUUGCUUUGAUAGGUUACUUGACUAGGGAAGAAAUUAACCUAGGUGUAAAAGUUUGUAAUGUAAUACACAUCAAGUUUCAUUUGCUACUCUUAUUGGAUUUUUGUUAACGUGCAAUACUUUUUACAUUUUUUAGUACAUUCUUUUGAUUAAGGUUGUUUUAAGAAUGAUAUUUUUUGAUACUACAACCUCAUUUUGGACUCCGCCUCGUCCAACUCUUCCGCCAUUUUUCGCUCCACAUAAGAACGACUGACAUUUCAAGCCCAUUCAUUACUUCUUGCUUUUAUUUACGAAAUUUCAGAGCGUCAUAAUCCUCGUCAGGAUCGAUUAGGGAAGCUAUAUUUCUGGUAACGAAAGUCGCAAAAAAUCGCACCACUAUUUUUAGACAUGACUUUGUAAUCGCUGUCAUUGCACACACUCAUCACAAUGACUUCUUUAAUCUUCAUAUCCAUAUAUGAGGAUAGAAUAUGGUUAUCCCUUUGUGGGGCAUACAUGUCGAUAACAUCAUGAGUGUCUACCUCAUUAUCUAAAGGCUUGAAAGUAGUGAUAAAAGCUCCCCUUCGCCCAAGGAUGAUCUGACAACUUGGAUGAGUUGAUAUGCGUUGUAUGGAUAUGCGUUGUAUGGAAAAAUCAUAUCUUUCUUUUCUGGGUGGCUUGGUUUUCUCAAACAUACUGCCAAAAGGUUCACUUUAGGUUUGACAGUAAAUUCCAGUUUUUUAAAUUGUCUGUUCUGGUCCAUUUCGAUAGUGGGCUGACGAAGUAAUGAGUGGCCUUGAUAGUGUCCUUAAUUAAUUUCAUCAUUAUCUAUUAUAUUAGAGAAAAGCUUUUCCAUGAUUUAUCUUCAUGAUCUUAUUAUCUAUUUAAAACAAGAAAGACUAUUUUUCAUUAUAAAAACUAUUUUACACUUUUAGUUAAGUCCAUAGAGUCUUUUGUUUUUUCAAAAGAAUUUAAAUAGCUUUCAAUACCAUUGAACCAUUGCUGUUAAUUAUCACAAAAUACGUCAACAAUAAGUUUUUUGAAGUAAAAAACAAGAACCUUCCCCUUUUUUACAUCAAGUUUACUAAUGUAAAUACACUCAUGACUGAAGGUAAAUUCCUUAGAUGGCAAACCUAAUAAAUAAUUUGAAAAGUACUUGCACACAUGGCCACACAAUACGCCCUAUAGACAACACUGAAUUCCGAAAACCGAAAGUGUUAGCUUGUUUUACAAGUUAGCAUGUUUUACGUUAAGAGCCUAUCUAACUCUAAAACAUUUUGGUUGGGACUACAAGAGAAAUUUGGAGACUAUAUGUUCAGACGGCUUAUUUGCUAGAACUUUUAUUAAGUCAUGUAUUGUAGAAUCGAGUAAGAUUUGUUUAUCAAUAAAUUUUGUUUUGUAUUCCUUAGAGAUAAGUUAAAAUUAAAAUUCUACUGAAGCUCUUCUACCUUCCCUUAGUGGGAUCCUUCCUCCAGGCGAGUUAUUACUGUGUACUAUCUAAAGAGUUGUCACCUUCUGUUUCGUGUCGAAAUACUUGCUUGGCUUUGCUUAGCAUUUUCUUCCACGCUUUUUACUUUGCAUAACGAGGGAGUAUUCUCUAUUACGUCUUCUUCGUUCUGAUUAAUUAUGUUAAGUUGUGUUCAAGCCCUACUACUUUUCAAGUCGUAGGUCGACAUAUAUAUUGUACAAUCCAGCUAACUCUCAAGAAUGUGUCUUUUUUCAAUUGUAAAUACAAAAUAUCUCUGUAGAUUCGAUUUUCUUAUAAAUUUUUUAAUUCAAAACUUUGCUCAAAACUGUUUAAUACUUUUUUGAACACUUCACUUAUAUUACAAAUAUGCUCAAAAAUGCGCACAAAAGUAGACUAAAAAUAAUUUUCUUUCUUAUUUGUUUUCUUUCUUUUUGAGCAUAAAAGUUGCAGCUCUAUCCCUGUGAAGCCGAGGUUCUUCUUUUUUUUAAUAAAAACCUUACAACCUAGCCUUAUGACCUAGCUAAUUCCUAGAUCAAAAACUUAACACAAUCAGAAGGAAAAAACUAUAUAAAAGGAUAGAUAUUUUUACUAAAUAUAUUCUUACAAUACAUUAUUUCUACAAAAUUUCUUUUUUCUCGCAACCACUCUUGAGGCGUGCUUUGGUCCAAUCACAAAACAACAGCUCUCGUGGCGGACUUUGUUCCAAUACUCGCAAUUUCGUUCUAAUUCCUAUUUAAACUACCUUCUCUGUUGAGACAGGGUCUAAACAAUAUGUGCCUCAAUAAGUGGAAGAAGAUCAUUGUUUUCUGCACCUUGUGCGUACUUAACCAUGACAUGCCAAAAUUUCUGCAUAAUCUGAUUUUAGGGAAAGUGCCGCUUGUACAACAAAAACAAAAGACAUCAUCUUUUAGCACUUUUUGAAUGGCACCACUGGAGUGUACGUCUGGGAUAAGAAUAUAUUUCCCUGACUGUUGUAUGUCAUAGUUUCUCAGGGAGUUCAUUUCAUUGAAGUCGUGGGUGGGUUUUUUUUCUGUUCCCCAUGACUUGUAGAUAUCUAGUAUUUUACACUUAAUCUUCGUCAAGUGCUGUUCAAGAAUAGUGGCAUUUCCAACCAUUUGUGUGUCGAAGGUUUCUGUCUUGAAUAUGUUGCAUCUCAUGUAUUUGGUAGUACCAAAUUUACAGUCAUAAUCUUCCUGAAUCGUUUUUCAGAAUCGUUUUCAUGUAAUAUAUAGGUUCAUUAUUGUCAUUGUUGCUGUCUGAAACUGUUGCAUCUUCCUCUUCUUCAUGAGCUUGUUCAAUCUCAUGCUCUUUUUGCAAGUCUGCUUCUAUCUUUCCCUUUUGUGGCUGAACAUUGUGGUUUCUGCUAACGUCUAAAUCCACAUUUGCCCAUGAUUCCUCAAAAGCGUCGGAUUCUUCUGCAUUUUCCGGAUCAUCUAAUGUUUUUUUACAAAAUGCUCGCCAUGGUUGCAAUCAUUGGGUGGUUCAAGUUGUUUUUCUCAAUAGUAAAAUUGCUUCAUUCUUAAUAUGUGCGCCGUUCCCUUUAUUUUUUUGUUUUCUCGUUGUUCAGAACUUUGAAAGAAACUAGUGUAACUUCAAAUAUUCUCAACGAAAAACAACAAUAAAAAACUGCAAGUUUGGCGGAUAUGAGGGGUCUCGGAGGAUAUGUGUGUACUGUAUCUAAUUGUAACAGAGGUCAACAAAGACCACAACAAACUGUCUAAGACAGUUUCUCGUAAAUGUAGUGUGGUCAACAAGGAUCACAUAAACAAACUGUCAAUCAAUAUAAGUAAAACAAACUGUCAACAAAGACAGGUUCUAAACAAACUGUCAACAAAGACAGGUUCUAACAAACUGCCAACAAGGACAGCUUAAGAUUGAUAGUUCAUGAAUAGCAAAAUAUUACUUAAGAAUACCAGCAUGAGUUUAAAAUACACAACACACCCCCAAAUUCCCCCACACCACCACACUUGACAAACUAUACAAAAUGAAGAGGUGUGGUGACGCCUACGAGCGCCACCAACUAAACUAUAACAAAAAUGAAGAAGGUGUGUGACGGCUCCACCCACGAGUAGGUGGCCCAGCGGUGCAUAGACUGCGAGAAAGGCCAAUGACCUGUGCAUCAUCGAGAUGUAGUAGAUAGCGUCUAUAGGCAUCACUGGUCCACCUGCCUAAAAUCUGGAUAGUGCUGUCAGGCACCCCUGCAGAUGCUGCUGCGGAGGCACCACCAAUGCGAAAGGAAUGUGUAUUAAUGUGUGGAAUAUUAGGCAAACACGAAGCCAGGAGGUUUACUAUGUCCUGACGAGUCAAAAAUUUGAAGUCCUGGUAAGUGAAGAGUGGCCACCCUGGGCCGGGAUGAACCGCUAAGAAAUGGCGCAUACACUGAACCGGGCAAACUGCGUUAUUGUUAGCGCCAAGCCUAAUCUGACAACCAACACGAAAGGGAUCUGUUUUAGACGACCGGAUAUGAACCAGCAUGACGGAAUUGUCUGCGGAAAAUUGGAUAUCUCCAACCAAUAAAUCAGUGGAUGGAUCGAAGUGACGACUGGAUUGAUAAGUGUAUUCAGAGCAGCGCAACAAGCCAAAGAAGGCCAAAGAGGUAGCAGCUUUGAAAAGUAGUCGUUCAUAUACUGUAGCUUGUAAAAAUUGAAUACGGUAAUGAAUUAAACACAAAUUCUGAUAUGUAAUUGGGUGCCUGCGCGGCCGGGUGAGACGAGCUCCUUGGACUCUUUUAAUUCCUCGCAGGGUGUAACACAAGCGACUCAUGUCUGCUAUUCGAACAUAGUUGCCGGCCAUGAUGGAGUGAUAUUGCAAGCCUGAGAUGUAAACGCGAAUGGUAGUGUGAGAUACGCGUUGUGCCAAACUAGAAAUGUAACGAAUUAGAAUAUCCUCGUUCAACGGCCAGAGAGGAUGAGACCACCUAUAACAAAAUCGCUGAUAUGAGGCAACACCAGUGGAAUACGUGGCCCUAGUAGUGGGUGCCAAAGCUUGAGAUUGAAAGUACUGUGAGGCUAUACUAAGAUGGUCCAGAUGGUUGGCUCGAUUGGUGUGGGUGACUCGUCUGAAGGCAUUGUUUGAAUCGACGAACCUGUAACCGAGAUAGAAGAUCAGCUGCAAUAUUAGUAUGUCCAGAAAUAUGUUGAAGCAAAAUAUUAAUGUUCAACCGCGCCGUGAAUAGAAAUAAGUGGCGAAUUAACGACAUGAUGUGUUUAUCCCGCGAUGUGCCUGAGCGCCACACAUAAACUAUGGACGCGUUGUCUGUGUAAAUGAUGAUCUGCAGAUUACGCCAUUCGCGACCCCACGUCCUAACCGCUGCUACAAUUGCGAAAAGCUCCAAUAUAUUAAUGUGGAAAGAAUGAAAUGUUGGGGGCCAUGGAGCACAGAACCAACUAUUGCGAAAAACAGCACCAAAUCCUACCCCUGAUGCAUCCGUAAAGAGGCUAAGUGAAGCGGCUGUGAUUGGGUCGCCUUGAAUAAAACAGACACCAUUCCAGCUAGGUAGAAAAUCCACCCACCAUUGAAUGUCUAAGCGUGCCUCCCCAUUUAAUGUGAUAUGAUGAUUGAGUGAUGCAACGGUGGUAGACAAAUCAAUUAGCCUACGGAGGAACAUUCUGCCUGGCUUUACCACUUUGGCAGCGAAAGAUAAAGAGCCAAUCAAGGAAAGCAAUUCUCGUUUGGUGCACUUCUUCCUACCAGACCAAACCAAUAAAGCUUCGUGCAACUCCCUGUACUUAUCCGCUGGCAAGCGAAUGAUUUGUUGCUGAGAGUCGAUCUCAAUGCCCAGGUAGGUUAUAGUUUGUGAGGGUCCUGUGGUUUUUUCCUCCGCAAUAGGGACACCCAGUUUAGUGCACAUAGACUGAAUAGAUUCCAAGUAACUAUUUACUUCUGCUGCAGACCUCCCACAAAGGAAGAAAUCGUCUAAGUAAUGGAUCACAAAUGGAAUAGCAAGCACAGUGAGGAAGAUCCAACAUAACAAAUCUGCAAAACAGUUAAACAAGAAGGGUGAGGAGCGGCUGCCAAAUGGCAAGCGAGUGUCCACAAAGUAAUAACCCUCCCAACAGUAGCCUAAUAAACCCCAUUGAGCUGGUUUAACGGGGCAAAGGCGAAAAGCAUGCUUGAUAUCAAUUUUGGCUAAAAAUGCUGUGGGACCCAACCCAGACACCAAUUUUAGGGCAUCGUCGAAGGUGGAAUAUCGCACUGAAAACUCUUCUUUGCAUAUGCCUUCAUUAAUAGCAUUGCCUCUAGGUGAGGAGAGAUCUAAAAUUAUUCUGUAAGAACCGUCUUUCUUUGGUACUGCACCUAAAGGUGAACAAUGCAGAGGCGUAAUUGGAGGGCUUAGAAAAGGUCCUGAGGUGUGGCCUCGCGCUAAUUCUUUAGCAAUUGCCUCCCACACUGAUUGAGAAUUAGAGCGUGCAGAUAGUAGGUUGCGUGGCCGGGUAGCUGUGCAUGGGCCAUGAAAACCAAUGUCAAAUCCAGAAGACAAACCAGAGAUAAUAAAUGACACUAAAGACUGACAAGGGUGUUCCCUUAGCAAUCUUUCAAAAAGAGCAACAUUGACAGGACAUUGACAAGACACAGGCAGUGGAUUUGGAUUAAUAUUUGCGGACAACGGAGCAUUGUGAGGCAGGAUGGGAGUCGCUGCAGUGUUUGCAUUGGUGUGCGAAGCGACAUUGUUGGUUCGUACAGUGACCCUGUGCGUUGAAGUAUCGACAAGUGGCGAUGUUAUCGACCUGUCCGACUGCACCUGUGUCAGCCCUACUGAGGGUCUGCGUGGCUCGAAAAGGCUGUGUGGCACGAAAGCGCUGUGAGGCGCGAAAAGGCUGGGGGGCACGAAAGGGCUGCCCACUAUAUGCUAAAUUUGAAGGUGCUGAUUCGUUCCCAGCUGCUGACUCAGUGCGAAGAGGGCAACUUGAUGCAAGAUGUCCAUAAUUCCGGCACCGAAAACACAUGACCUGCAGUGGGGCACUUCGGAGAUGACGGUUAUAAAGAUCGUCAUCUACACGGUUCCAUGACAAACCAGAAUCAAAAGCCAUUUGGUACCUAAACAUGCGAUCGUAUGUCGAC